AGGGUGCUUUAUUUGUUUGUUUGGGUGUUCUGGCUGGUUGUUAGAGUGUUGCUAGGGUGCUUUAUUUGUUUGUUUGGGUGUUCUGGCUGGUUGUUAGGAUGUGGCUAGGGUUUUCCGAAUGGAUGUUUUGGCUAGUUGCUAAGGUAUCCAGGCUGCAUGGCCUGUAUUCAAAACUGUGCUGAUUGGUGGAUGCAGUUUGAAAACUCUAAGAGGAAACACAAUCAUACAUUUUUCACAAUAUGUAGAAAUUGUGACUGUUUUUGCUGGUCACUUGUCUUAGAGAUGAGUGCCUUCAGUCAAGCAGUGAUGUUGUUUAAAUGAGGGAACGUGACGUUUAUAGCGCCACCCAGAGGAAAUUUGUUAGAAAGAGUGGUUUGUUUUCUUCAGGAAAGUAGUAUUUGUUAUGAUUGACAGCAGCAUUUCCCAUCCCUGCUGUGCAGAAGCUGAUCUCAGCAAGCUCUCUGAUAUAUAUGAGGAUGUGUGAUUGUAUGUUUGUGUGUUAGGAUGGUGACUUAUAUAUUAUUGUGUGUGUAUGAGUGAUACUGAGAGAUCUGGCUGUUGCUGCCUCCAUUUGCCAAGUGAGGAACAUGGAUCUCAUGAGUGACCUUCAGGCAGAGGGUAAGAACACCAUCAACGCCCCCCUCCUGCACCCCGGCCCAGAGCUGCUCCCUGAGGACAUGUUGCUUGAGGAAAAUUCAGAGAAGACCAUUCUAGACCCCACUUCCAGAGAAGACCUCAAUUUUAAAGACCUCCAGAAGGUUCUCAUUGACUGGAUCAACAGUGAACUGGAGGAGGACCGAAUCAUCGUGAAAGACCUUGAGGAAGAUCUGUAUGAUGGACAGGUGCUGCAGAAACUGUUCGAGAAGCUGUCAGGGCAUAAGCUGAAUGUGGCCGAGGUGACGCAGUCAGAGAUCGGACAGAAGCAGAAACUGCAGACGGUUCUGGAGGCUGUUAAUGGAGUCCUCAGGCCGCUGGACUGGAGCACGGAGUGGAGUGUCGACUCAAUCCACUCAAAGAACCUGGUGUCCAUCGUGUACCUGCUGCUGGCGCUGGCUAUCUACUACGUGGCACCCAUCCGCUUACCUGAGCAUGUGUCCGUCAAGGUGAUCGUGAUCAAGAAAAAGGAGGGAAUCCUGCAGACUGCUCAUGUGACCAAACAACUCACAAGUACCACAACAGACAUGAUGAUUGGAAGAUCAGAACGUGAUGCUUUUGACACCUUAUUGGAUCACGCACCUGACAAACUCAAUGUAGUGAAAACAUCGCUGAUUACAUUUGUGAAUAAACACUUGAACAAACUGAACCUGGAGGUGACGGAGCUGGAAUCACAGUUUGCAGAUGGUGUCUAUCUGGUGUUACUGAUGGGAUUGUUAGAAAAUUACUUUGUGCCUCUGUACAACUUCUACCUCACUCCUGAAAGCUUCGAACAGAAGGUCCAUAAUGUCUCAUUUGCUUUUGAGCUCAUGCAAGAUGGUGGUUUACAGAAACCCAAAGCGAGACCAGAAGACGUGGUGAACUUGAAUCUGAAGUCAACACUCAGGGUGCUUUACAACCUUUUCACCAACUACAAGAACUCAGAGUAACACUGAAAGAGAUCCGAGGAAAGCCGCUACAUGCCUCACUGAUGCCAGGACUUCUGCGCUCACACAUGCACACACAUCCCCAGUGUUACUUUUAUACGUAAGAAUGAAAUAUUUUGUAUUGUUUGGCUUAUUUAUGCCCAGAAUCGAAUGUAUUUAGCCUUAAUGAUGCGUCAGUGUUGCAGCUCAUUCAAAUAUUUUAUUGACUUACGCAAACGAGGCCUGCCACUGCUUUAAGCACUACACCGGAAUGACUUUUUGUCCUGGAAUGCACUAAAAGAAAUGCUGUAAUUAUUUCAAAUAAACAAAUACUUUCUACAUGCUG